AUGUCUAAACUAUUCAUCGGGUACGUCCUGCCACGCUCAUCUGCCCGUGGCCCCAGAGCACACUGACAUUACGCGACAGCGGCCUAGCAUGGCACACCGACGACCAGACCCUGCGCACCAAGUUCGAGGAGUUCGGCCAGGUCGAUGAAGCGGUCAGUCCAUUCCCAUGAUGCGCAUCGCGUCUCUGUCGAUGCGCUCGGCGACUGACACAGGCCAGAUUGUCGUCAAGGACCGCGACACAGGCCGUAGUCGCGGCUUCGGCUUCGUUCGAUUCCAGGACGACUCGGCUGCCGAAGCGGCCAUCCAGGCCAUGAACAACGUUGAGUCAGUUUCAUCGCUUCAUUGGCUCCGGCUUCGUCGCACUGACCGCGUCGCACAGGUUCGACGGACGCACCAUCCGCGUCGACAAAGCUUCCGAUCGUGGCAGCGGUGGUGGCAGUGGCGGAGGAGGCUUCGGCGGAGGACGUGGUACGCCGACCAAUUCUAAUCCUGGGAAGGAUCCUAGCGACGAGGCUGACCGAAUCCCAGGUGGUUACGGAGGUGGCCGCGGCGGCUACGGCGGUGGCGGUGGUGGUGGUGGCUACAGCGGAGGCCAGGGCUACGGCGGUGGUGGUGAGUGAGCAGCCGGGUCUUCGAACUUCCAGGGACUGAUGAGUGCAGGUUACGGUGGACAACAAGGCGGCAACAACUGGCGCCAGGGCGGAGGCUAUGGUGGCCAGCAAGGCUACGGCGGAGGUCAGUAGCAGCGAUGCACCAUGGUGACCAUUCUUGCUGACAUAUGAUAGGCGGCUACCAACAGCAAGCCAACGGCGGAGGCUAUCCACCACAGCAAGGAGGAGGCUGGUAG